CUAGGCCCCGCCCGCUGGGCAGAGAGCUUUUUAUCCCUUGGCAGGCGCCGUAGUCAUCCAACCCGCUAGGUCUGACUCUUUCUGCGCCGGCGGGAAGUGGGCGGGUCUGGUGCCUUCCACUUCUAGCUCCCGGCCUCUGCAGUCAGACCCCCAGGCUGGGGAAGUGUCGCCUUGUAGGUCGCCAGUGGCCUUUGCGUUAACGCUUUCUUGUGCUGCGGCAACGAGGCUGCGAUUGCUCCAGGGCCCUGGGGCGGGCAGAACAGUUUCUGCUGUCUGCGGACCCGUUGGGAGAGUACAGCGGACGCGGCAGGCAGGGUCCUAGGUUCCUCCUGCCUCCUAAUCCCCUGCAACCCCCUGCACCACCCGCAACCCCCCUCCCCCUCCUUCCUUUGCUCUGCGCCUCCUCCCUGGCUGCGGGCAGACCGCUCCACACCGCCGCAGCGCCAGGAGUCUGGACAGCCUGCGGGAGGCACCCACGCCCACACUCACUCCUGGCCGCACCUCUUCCCAGCAUGUCGGCGCUCGAGUGGUACGCCCACAAGUCCCUGGGCGACGGCAUCUUCUGGAUUCAGGAACGCUUCUAUGAGUCUGGUAACCGUGCCAACAUCUGGCUGGUGCGCGGCUCGGAGCAGGACGUGGUGAUCGACACGGGCCUGGGGCUGCGCAGCCUCCCGGAAUACCUGUACUCCUCCGGCCUCUUGCAGGACGGCGGGGCCAAAGAGGACGCGGCGUGCCGGCCGCUGCUGGCGGUGGCCACCCACGUGCACUUCGACCACUCCGGCGGUCUCUACCAGUUCGAUCGGGUGGCCGUGCACCACGCCGAGGCCGAGGCACUGGCUCGCGGGGACAACUUUGAGACCGUGACCUGGUUGUCCGAUAGUGAGGUGGUGCGGGCGCCCAGCCCCGGCUGGAGGGCCAGGCAGUUCCGAGUGCAGGCGGUGCAGCCCACCCUCAUCCUGCAGGAUGGGGAUGUGAUCAAUCUCGGUGACAGACAGCUCACUGUUAUGCACAUGCCUGGUCACUCCAGGGGCAGUAUUUGCUUACAUGACAAAGACCGAAAGAUUCUCUUCAGUGGAGACGUCGUGUAUGAUGGAUCACUGAUUGACUGGCUCCCAUACAGCAGGAUCAGUGACUAUGUGGGAACCUGUGAACGUCUGAUAGAAUUAGUGGACAGAGGUCUGGUAGAGAAGGUGCUUCCUGGGCAUUUCAAUACCUUUGGUGCUGAAAGGCUUUUUCGAUUGGCUUCUAACUAUAUUUCAAAAGCUGGGAUAUGUCACAAAGUUUCUACUUUUGCCAUGCGAUCUCUUGCAAGUUUAGCCCUACGUGUAACCAAUUCUAGGACCUCAGCCUAGUACCUAAAUUGAUAAUCUAUUCCGAUUAAUUCUAUAAAUUAAUCCAAUUUAUUUUGUGCUGGUUAAAAUGAUUAAUGGUGAGCAUUUCAAAAAGUGUUAUUAUACUACUGUUGUAUAUUAGAGAAAAAAGAUAGAGAAUGAAUAAGUCAAAAAAGAAAAUUCUUGGUUUAUUUUUUUCUUUCUUCCAAGUAAGAAACCACUAAAAUAAGAUUAUAAUUUACAAAGCUGUCAUCCUUUAGUAUUUGCUCUAGAAAUGACAUACAAGUAUAUGGGGAAGCAAGGAGGCAUUUUGCAGUAAGAGGAAGACUUGUCCUUGCCUCCUAUUUGUCUUAUUUCCUAGGUGACAGAAAAAAUGGCAUAAAGAGUAUUAUGUUUAUACUCCAAACUUAAUAUUUUUAGUACGUUAUUUAAAGAUAAAAGGUUCUUGGGUUUAAAAUACAUUAGAACUCAAUGCAACCAUAUAAACUAAGAUUUAGAAUGACAGCUAAAACAAUCCAUUGUUAUGAUACAGAAUUUUUAUGCUUUAUUUUAUUUAUUCUUAAUGUAAUUAUAGUGUACAUUAUAUGUUGUGUAAUUUUACUUACAAAAAGUACAAUGAAUCUUGUGUUAUUGAAAGCUUUAAAUGUAAAUUGCAGAGUGCUUUAGUGAAAAGCUAUUAUAUAUUGUUUGUUAUUAUGUAUGUGUAAUAUUAUCAAUCAUAAAAGUGAAAUUCAAAUGUCUGUAAUCUAACUACAAAUUGUCAGAUUUCUCAAAAGGACACUGUCAGGCAAAUUUGAAAAUAUACAUAUUGAGAAUAAUUUUUUAUUAUAUCCUAUUUUAAUAUUAACAGCUAUUAUAAACAAAAUUUUUCUUGUGAAAUAGCAACAUCAGUAUGUGUCAUAUUUUAUCUUAUCCAAACCUCUAUAGAGAUCUACAACAUCCUGAUAUAAAUCAUUCUUUUACUUAGCAUAACAAACAUAUGUACCAUAGAAGUCUUCUCAAAUUAAUUGCAAAACGUGCAUUAGAAAAGUGAAUUGCCUUUUUAAUCCUGAUUCACAACACCUAUUCCUGUUCAGUAUUCUUUGUCUUGAAUGAAAAGAAGUCUACGUUUGUAAAGUUAUAGGAAAGACUAUAUCACUAUUUAGUAAAAUGUUUUGGUUUGGUGCUCUUAAUAAUUUAUUCAAAAACCCUUUUGGAAUAUUUCAUAAAGUUUUUUUAAAAUUUUUUUCACUGCCUUUUUAUUAUUGACAUGCCGAAAACCAAACUGAGGUAGCUUUGGAAAUCAGUUUUAGUCUUAGGAAGGUCCAGCAAUUGAUUUCUGAAAAAUUAUGAAACUUUCCUACCCUACACCCACCCAGGUUCUUUAUUCUUUUAUUCAUCAACACACGUGCUCAUACACACACACAUACACACAAUCACAUACAUACAUGCACAGCAUUGUGAUAAACACUGUGGAAAAAAGUGAAAGAGACUACAUUCUAGCUGGAAGUAGAAGACAAACUAUGGAUAAUAUUAUAUGCAGGUUGAAGUUAAUACAAACUACAUAUAAAUCAGGGACAUAAUUGGAGGGAUGUGAAGUUUGGCCAGGGAAAGGUUCCUGGAAGAGGGGUUUUUAAGUCAGAUAUGGAAGGAUCAUUUGUUAGGUGGUCAGGGAAGGAUACAAAAAGAUCCAAGAAUAGGAAUGGAAGCAUUGCUGUCUAGAACAGGCUGUUCCCUGUGACAGUGUAAAUUUUAUUUUCAGGAAUCUUAGAUCUUCCAAACACCAAGUAUUUAGCAUGAGAAAGAUGGGUUUGUGAUUGUGUACAUAAGAAUUGCCCUAAAUGACAGACAAGAUGUACUGCCACAUGCCACCAAAUGAACCUUUACUUAAAAUCAGUAAGGAGGCCAUGAUUGUUCAAAUAUAGAAUAUCAUGGGAGUUUCUCUAUGAUAGUCAUUCAAGGCAGGAGGUCUGUUUCAGUUGAUAGUGCAACAUCAAGAAUAUAAAUUUGGUUCAGGGCAACUACAAACAAUCACUUAAUGAGCCUUAAAUAUAGCCAUUAUUUUUAUAUCAGUAGCACAAAAGAAAACCAAAAGUCCUUAACCAUUGACCAUUUUAUCAUACUUUAGGACUUUUUAAUUUUUUUUUAGGCACUCAUUUUUAUUGAGAAAUAUUUAAACCUGAUGAAGGUUUUCCUUAUUUCU